AUUACUUUUUUUAUCACCAUACUCGGAAUCCUGUUGGUGGGAACUCUGCUGCGCUUUAGGCGACGCUUACGGUAUAUAACCAAUAAGCUAUGCUAUGAGCUCUUUCUAUCAAAAUACCUGCACGGCGACUACAUGACCUCUUGUUCCAAGCGAAAACUUACGCUUGUUAAGAAGAAAACUCUCGUCCUUGACUUGGAUGAAACUCUCAUGACCUCAGUAUUUGUAAAGAAAGGGGUGAAAGGGGGUCGGGGUUCGCAGAAAAAGUGCAAAUGGCAUUAUGUGCCAGUUGAUUUCGAGUUUAAUUUGCACGAUUCUACGGUCAAAGUGUACAAGCGACCCUUUGUCGACCAUUUCCUGGAUCAGGUCUCGAAAUGGUUCGAUAUAGUCGUAUUCACUGCUGGAACCGAGCCAUAUGCCACGCCUAUUAUUGACUAUUUGGAUGGCGGACGCAACAUUCUGGGACAUCGGCUGUUUCGCGACAAAUGCGUCACUGUCCAAGGAUUCAAUGCUAAGUUCGUAUCGAUUGUCAACGACGAUAAGGCCAAUGUGAUUCUCCUAGAUAAUUCAAUACCUGAGUGCUGUUUCAACAUGGACAAUUCCAUACCUAUCUUCGACUACAUUAUAGGUGAUUGGGACACUGAGUUACUCAACUUACUGCCCUUUCUCGAUGCGAUUCGAUUUGCCGGGGAUGUUCGGUCCGUCUUGAAGCGUUGCAAGAGAUUGAACACGCUUGAUUUGUACUUACAAAAGCCGCACAGAAAUAUUAAAUCUAAAAACUAACUGCUCUAAGGAUAAU